UAAGGCAAGUUGCUUGCUUGUAGCUAACAAUUAUUAGUAUUUUGAUUUCUUUUACACAAAUUUGGUAGACAAAAGAAAAAGACGAAAAUAGCAAGGAGAGUAUAAAAACUGGUAAGCAAACAAUAAUCUGCUUUGCAAUUUCUAUAAAGGGAUAAAAAAACAAGCAAAAUAUUGUACUACAUAUCGUAAGAAAAAAGUUAUAUUCUGACUACACACACAGUAACAAGGUUCAUUUGUGAAGAAAGAAUAUGGUAAAGCUCCUAAGUUUGCUAAUUGUCUGUGUAUUUUUGGAGGGGGCCACUUUAGAAACAGGUAAAUGUGAUGAAAUAAGCAAUACCUGUGCCGUCAUUACAUGUGGGUCACGUAGCUCCAACGCGAUGCCUGGAAGAGAUGGAAGAGACGGGAAAGAAGGACCCAAAGGAGAAAAAGGAGACAGAGGGGUCCAAGGAACCAGGGGAAUUCAAGGUCCACCAGGAAAACUUGGUCCACCUGGAGAUAAGGGUGAACAAGGUAACAUAGGGCAGAAAGGAGAGCAAGGCAGAAGUGCAACUUCAGAAGUCGAAGUUGUAAAAGAUCAAUUAAAAAAUUUGGAAAAUGAAGUAAACAAGCUACAGAAUACGUUUCAUAAGUAUAACAAAAUUUUGCUGUUCCAUGGAGGUAAACAAACUGGUGAGAAAGUUUUUGUAACCAAUGGAUUGGAAGAAACUUUUGAAAGUGCUCAGAAAACUUGUAAGGAGGCUGGAGGAAAUCUACCUACUCCGAAAAAUGCAGCAGAAAAUACAGCAGUCCAGGAAAUACUCCAUACAAAAGGGGACACUACUAAAGCUUAUCUAGGCAUCACUGACAAGCAUGUAGAAGGAAUAUUUAAAUAUAUAGCAGGAGACAAAAUAAGUUUCACAAACUGGAACCUUGGGGAACCUAAUAACAACAAAGAAGAAGAUUGUGUGGAAAUUCAAGACAAUGGGAAAUGGAAUGAUAUACCGUGCUCUCUUCUUCGGCUAGUAAUUUGUGAAUUUCAAUGAUACUCAAAAUAAUUUAUAUUUACAAUUUGUUGCUAAUCUUUUUUUUGUAAAUGUAAAUAUGAAAUAGAUACAAUGUAUUGUUUUUUUGUGCUAUCUGGAUAUUGUAGAUGAUGACCAAAGGUGAAUGAUGGAUUGUAGUUUCAGAAAUGUAGGGGCACAUGAUCAUGACAUAACUGGUCCUUCCAAAGGUUUACCACUCCAUUACUUCAUUUAAAGGGAUUGUUACAUCAUUGUUUUUGUUUGAACUGGUAGUAAAAUAAUGUUGACGUGUGGGAUACAAGGGAUUAAACACUAGGGGGCCUAUUUAUCAUGGCCCAAAUGAGGCCAAAUACCCCUGUUUCCACACAAGCCUUUAGGCUCUCCGGAAACAGGAGUUAAGAAGCAGCGUUCUUAAGACAGCGUAUCAUGUCCGCCAGACAUUGAUAAAUCGGCCCCUAAGGAUCAUGUCCAUACACACUUUGAUAAUUUGGCCCCUAAGGGCUAGAUUACGAGUAGAGUGAGUUUACUCAGGUGUUAGAAAAAAAAGGCAGACAAAGGGCUUUAACAUAGACAUACAUACAUAUACAUCUCUAAACAUGUUUAUAUAUAAUAUAUUGAAGCAAUGAAAUCCGCACUUCACCAUUUAGAGUUCUCAGUAUUACAAAUAAAAGUUCAUAAACACCGGUGCAACACUUUACAAGGCCACCCUCUGUGCCUCAAAAUA